GGCUUCGAUUACAUCACCCCUUUAAUUUCACCUCUUCCUUCUCUGUCCUAUCUAUAAAUCCUCCGAGUUUUGGAUGAUUUUGGUGAGAAAAAACAAAGGGAUAAAAAGUAUGUCUUCGAUGAUGAACUCGCAGGGAAUGGCUCUGGCCACCGCCAUGGCGGCUGUCUCCGGCACCGUAAUUCUUCUCUCCUAUUGCAUCCAAAAAUCCAUCCCGAUUCACCAAACCCACCACUUUUCUCCUCCGGUUCUCCGCUCUUGUAUUCCUUCUGAGACGAGUAAGAAGAAGAAGAAGAAGAAACAGAGUCAGAAAAAGAGGGUUCAUUUUGCGAAGGACGUAGUGGAUCCAAUUGGGAACGGUGAGGAUUUUCGAAGACAGCACGAAAUCGCCGCCGCUUCACCGCCUCAAAAGGCCGCCGGAAUGCCGGCGAACAGAGCCGCGCUUUACAACAGGAUUCUGAGAGAUCGCGUUGUUCAUAGAUACACUUACUCUUGCUGAUUUCAAUUUAGAAUUUUUCUGUACAAAAUUCAAGUUCCACCAAAUCUGUGUCUACAAUUUUCUUCCCUCUUUUCCCAA